AUCUGACAUUUUGUAACUAGAUCGGCUACUAGCAUUGGAAGGGCCCACGUUUCAUCCCUUCCUCUAGAAAGCCUACCGGCAGUUUUUGAAUCUGCCCUGCCCCCACUCCAGCAGAGAAGGACAGGGAGAGCAUUGGCUGUAGUCCUGUCUGGAAAGGGCAGCCCUUUGCCUUGAACAGGAAGCCACAACCACCUAGAAAAUGGAGCCUUCUUCUCUAGAAACUACAAUUCCCAGCGGCCUCCACGCAGAGCAUGCGCGGGAAUGUGCCAGGCGGGCCGGCCCAGGUUGCCUUUCGAUUCCCGACAUGCUUCAUGGUGUGUUCCGGUUUCCUUGAUUUCCUACCCCGCCAAACUUCCUGUUUCCAGCUUUCUAGCGGCGGACUACAACUCCCAGCAUGCUGAGAGAGCUGACAAAGAAGGUUUCUGAGCGUUUUGCUGGCAAAGGGAUUUCUUACAACAUCCAGGCAUGCGUCUUUCUGCCUUGCUGGCCUUGGCAUCCAAGGUCACUCUGCCCCCCCAUUACCGCUAUGGGAUGAGCCCCCCAGGCUCCAUUGCAGACAAGAGGAAGAACCCCCCAUGGAUCAGGCGGCGCCCAGUGGUUGUGGAACCCAUAUCUGAUGAAGACUGGUAUCUGUUCUGUGGGGACACGGUGGAGAUCCUAGAAGGCAAGGAUGCCGGGAAGCAGGGCAAAGUGGUUCAAGUUAUCCGGCAGCGAAACUGGGUGGUCGUGGGAGGGCUGAACACACAUUACCGCUACAUUGGCAAGACCACGGAUUACCGGGGAACCAUGAUCCCUAGUGAAGCCCCCUUGCUCCACCGCCAGGUCAAACUUGUGGAUCCUAUGGACAGGAAACCCACUGAGAUCGAGUGGAGAUUUACUGAAGCAGGAGAGCGGGUACGAGUCUCCACACGAUCAGGGAGAAUUAUCCCUAAACCCGAAUUUCCCAGAGCUGAUGGCAUCGUCCGUGAAACGUGGAUUGAUGGCCCCAAAGACACAUCAGUGGAAGAUGCUUUAGAAACAACCUAUGUGCCCCGUCUAAAGACACUGCAGGAGGAGGUGAUGGAGGCCAUGGGGAUCAAGGAGACCCGGAAAUACAAGAAGGUCUAUUGGUAUUGAGCCUGGGGCAGAGCAGCUCCUCCCCAACUUCUGUCCCAGCCUUGAAGGCUGAGGCCCCUCUUUUCCAGAUGCCAAUAAAGAGCAGUUUAUGAGUC